ACAAGUACUUUCACUGCUCAUUAUCAUUAACGUCACGGUUAUGUUCAGAUAUAUAUCGAAAUAUAUUUUUAUUUACCGAUACUUUAGUUGAUGUACUCUACGGAGAUAAUAAAAAUAUAGGUUUUACCAAUAAACUUAUUCUAUUUCUCCGUUAAUAGUAGUGCUGCUUUACUCAGGAUGCAUUCUAAGUGUUUACUCCUUGUAGUGACUCUGACGUCAGGUGUAUUACAUUUAACUGAAGCCGUUUGCAUUCCUGAUAAUAUAUUGUUUGGAGUUGGUUCCGCGUCAUAUCAAAUAGAAGGAGCAUGGAACUACGGAGAUAAGAGCGAAAGCAUUUGGGAUGACCUCACUCACAACUAUCCGGAACUGGUAUCUGCUGAAGCUAACGGUGACGUUGCAGCGGAUUCGUUCAAUAAAAUAAAUGAAGACGUGGCCCAGCUGCAGAGCAUUGGUGUUCACUUUUACCAAUUUUCACUAUCAUGGUCCAGACUUCUACCCGAAGGUUACUCGAACAACGUUAGUGCGGUUGGUCUUCAGUACUACAAUGAUCUGAUCGACGCUCUGGUGGCUGCCGAUAUUAUUCCAAUGGUCGUUUUAUACCAUUGGGAUCUACCAACAAUCCUACAGAAACUGGGAGGUUGGACCAAUCCUGAAUUGAUAGAUAUAUACACCGACUACGCUAGAGUUGCCUUCGAAAAUUUCGGAGACAGAGUUAAAUAUUGGAUCACCUUCAGUUCACCUUCUGAAGUUUGUAAGGCAUACGGAGCAGACAAUCGCGCUCCUGCAGGCGUAUCUUCCUCUCAGACUGGAAUAGGGGAAUAUCUAUGUGCUAACACUAUUCUAAAAGCACACGCGAGAACCUACCAUUUGUAUAACGAUACUUACAGGCCGGAUCAGAAUGGAACUAUUGGGAUAGCAUUAUUCGCAAACUGGUACGAACCUGAUACAAUUUCUUCUGUUGACAUAAUAGCGGCCAUACGUGCACUACAUUUUGAGAUUGGAUUGUACGCCAACCCAAUUUUCACCAGUGCUGGAGAUUAUCCUACAAUGGUCAAGGACACAAUUCGCAGAAGAAGUGCUGCCGAAGGAUUCCCCUAUUCUAGACUACCUGAGCUUACAGCUCAGGAAAUUGAAUACAUCAAAUUCACGUCAGAUUUCUUCGGCGUCAACCAUUACACCACUUAUAUGGCUGCUGACAGGCAGAUGUACAGCAGUGAUCCAGAAUAUUUCUUAGAUUUGGAGGUGACUUACUGGCAGCCUCAAUUGGAUUGGGAAGACACUGCAGUAGAUUGGGUAAAGGUGGUUCCAUGGGGUUUCAGGAGGUUGUUGGUAUGGUUGCAAAGGGAAUACAACUACGGUCCUACAUUCUACAUUACAGAAAAUGGAUACCCUGAUUAUGGAGAAGUUGAUGAUGAUCUAAGAAUAAGUUACAUUCAGCGUCAGGUAAGUGCCCUUCAGGAUGCUAUAGCCGACGGAGUCAGUGUUGGUGCUUACACUUAUUGGAAUUUCUUGGAUGGUUUCGAAUGGUUAGAGGGAUACAACGUCACAUACGGAAUGGUAAGUGUCAAUAUGACAGAUCCCAAUAGAUCUCGAACUCUGAAGUCAUCGGCAAGAUAUUACCGGGAUCUCAUUAGAAGCAGAAGUGUGGAACCUGAUCAGAAUUGCAAUUUUACUUCGGUUCCAACAACCCCUCCUCCAACCGAUAACCCCGAUGAGUCUACCACUUCUGCUCCUCCUAGUGGUCUUGCCAGCACAUUUGCCAUGCCACAUAAUCUCGGUGUUAUGCUGAGUAUUUCUACGGUCACCAUGGUGUUAUUUUCAUUAAUUAGAAGUUAAAUCUCCUGCAGAAGUAUGAUCUACUGUUUUAUGUUACAUCAUCGUUGCGUUUGUUAAUUUUAUUAUGAAUAAAAGUUAAUUAAGUAACUAAGUCUUAA